UGAGGACUGUCUACUCAGACAGCUCCACCUCCCCAAAGCAAGUCUUCGACCGGUCGCUCGCCCAUUUGCCCGAGCGUGGGCGUUCCACAAAGCGCGCGGGUCUCUGGCCCGGCGCGCGGGCCGAAAAUGCCGUCCCCGCUGCCAGCUCCGCAGCCGGUGCCGGAGGGCUACCACGUGGCACCUCCUCCGCCUCGGCCCUUGCUGCUGUUCAUCACCAACGUGAAGAAUGCGCGGACGGUUUGGGUUGAGAUCUCCAUCAACGACAACGUGCACAUGCUCAAGAGAUACACCUCCCGCAAGAUGGGCAUUCCUGUGGAGGACAUGAUCCUGGUGUAUCAAGGUGAAGAGCUGAAGACGGAGACGCAGAUCAAGCAGAGUAAGCUAGACUUCGUGAUUCAGAAGGCAGCGGAGAGCGAGCCGUCGGCGGAGGAUUGCACCAUCCACCUCAUUGAUAUCAAGGACACGCCCGGGGACAUCCGAGAGCCCAAGAAGGAGAUGGAUGCAACCCAUGGGUCUUUCUGAGCCGGCCAGCCCGGCCUCAUUGGAUGCCUGGUACCAAGUAGCCCCUUUUUCCCUCGCAGGAAGCCAGCCAAACGGAAGGUGUUUCUUUUCUUGUUUUUCUC